CGGAAGUUUGGUUGCUGUCUGAAAAUGGCUGGGUCUGAGUUGGGGAAUGUUAGGGAAUAUGAAAAAUGCGGCCCCAGAAAUUUAGGCAGUCUAGAGGUGCCAGAGCAUUGUGUGCUGAGCAGCCUGGCUGAGGUGGUGGAAAGGAUUCUGAGCUUUCUUCCUUGCAAGGACCUGCUGAGAGCUGCCUGUGUUUGCAGAUUAUGGAGAGAUUGUGCAAGGCGCAAGAUGAAAGCAAGGCAGCGUGUGACCUGGAUAUCCUGCUCUGGAAGUUGUGGAUCCAGUCAACAAGCAUCUGGUCACUCACUGCUUCAAGUGGUCAGAGAUGAGCUUGAAAAGAUAUACAUUCUUCCUGACACUGUUCUUUAUAUCAAUCAAACUGAAAUAUAUAAUGGAGACAAUCGGCGUGGGUCAACAAAGGCAAGACGGAAACAGGAGAUGCUUACUGCAGCAGCAGAACUAGAGAAGUUAUUACCUCAGGACUGCCAAAUACUGGGCUUUGCCACACCUGGUGUUGUAGUUACUCCAAUGGGAUCUGCAGGUAACCGCCCCCUAGAACUGGAAGAUGAGGAGGCUGGAUUUGCAUUUAUUUUACCCAAAAUUAAUGGAGUGAAGGUCCAGAAAUUUUGCUCCUUUAAAGGCAAUGGAUUUGAUGAAAGUCAACUUCAAGAAACUGGCCUUAAAAAUAAUCCAGACUUGAGGUUUGUAUUAGUUUUUGGUUGCAACACAUGGAAAGAUGGAGGAGAUCGUUUCCUGCAGGAGGUCCUAAACCCCUUAAAUGAGAGAAGCAUUAUAAUAGCAGGGGGGCAAGUUGAACAUCUGUUAUCCUAUUCUUCAAAAAGCAAUGCUCAAAUAUCUCGAUGUAUUGGUGUGGUGGGACUGGCUUUUUAUGGUCCACAAAUUCAGGGGGCAUCAGUUCUCCUAGAAAACAACGUAUAUGAUGAAAGAACUGUAGACUCUGCCAUUCACCGUUUGAAAGCUGCCAACAUUCCUGAAGAGAACAGUGUGGGGUUUAUGUUUGCAUGUGUUGCCCGAGGGGAGCAGUAUUACAAGAAGAAAAAUGUUGAGGCAGAUUCCUUUCGUAAACAUUUCCCUAAUGUGCCUUUGCUUGGUUUCUUUGGCAAUGGUGAAAUUGGCUGUGAUCGAGUAGUGAGUAACAGUUUUAUACUGAGGGAGUGUAAUGGUAAAAAGGACAAUCUUCUACAUGGAUACACCACAGUAAUGGCCAUCAUUCAUUUUGGAUCCACCAAGUAGAUUCCACUCAUGAACUCAAACUGAUUGUGGAAACAAUCACACAGCACCAUGAUUAAAGAUGUUACAAUUCAAGUAUCCUCAAAUAAAAUUGGUUCCCUGUACCUGCAAAGCCAAAGGACUGCCUUUUGCUGACCUUAUCCGAUGAUGGGUAGAUGUUUAGUAGGUUUUGCUUCCUGUUUUCAAGCCCUUCCGUAAUGUAAUGCUUAUACUGUCCUGUACUCUUUGGGGCAUAUUUAUUAAGCUGUGUAAAGAAAAAUGUUGACUACACCAAACAUUGCCACAUUAAUGCCAUGGUACACAGUAUAAAAUUCAGUAUAUAAAGUUGUGUAAUAAGGAUGCACUGAAUCAUGUGUGUAUGUAUCAAGCAGAGUGUAAGAUUCUGGUUUAAAGAACGCAUAAAAAACAUCAAUGAGCUUUGCUGUAUAAAAACA